CAAUGGCUGAACACAGCAACUCAGGUGUGAGUGAGGGGGAAAGGGGGGAGGGGUAGAGCGAGAGAGAAAGAGAGAGAGAGAGAGAGAGAGAGAGAGAGACAAAGAGAGAGAGAGACAAAGAGAGAGAGAAAGAGAGAGGUAAGUUUGUAGUUUGAAGAGGGACAGGAAAGAACUGGGAGGGAAGUGAAAGCAGAAGUGGGCAGGGCCGAGUAACACAGGCCGAGUUACACAGAAAACAACAGAGAGAGAGAGAGAGAGAGAGACAGAGAAUGAGAAUGUGUGAGAGAGAGAGAAACUGAAAGACAGACAGACUUCAAAAGAACAGGGUUGAGUUUCAGACCUAUGACGUAAAACUAUCUGCUCGUAAACGACAAGACAGAAGGAAAGAGCUGAGAUAGAGAGAGAGAGCUAGCAAAAGAGAGGAAGAGAAAGAAAGAGAGCCAGAGAGAGAAAGAGAGAGAGCAAUCAGUUUAGAGGGGAGAGAGAAAGAGAGGGAGGGAGGGUGGUCUAUCUUAUGAUAACAAAUAGCUGAGUUAGAUGAACAUGCCAGCAGAAGUUUGCAGGUAGUUCAUCCCACUGGAGAGAGAGAGAGAGAGAGAGAGAGAGAGAGAGAGGGAGGGAGGGAGAGAGAGAGGGAGGGAGAGAGCGAGAGAGCAAGAAAUACAGUGAGAAAGAGAGAGAAAAAGAGAGAGAGAAGAACACAUCUGACCAUGUUAAUGAAAGAGUACAGGAUCUGCAUGCCUCUAACUGUGGAGGAGUAUCAGAUUGGGCAGCUGUACAUGAUCAGUAAGCACAGCCAUGAGCAGAGUGGGGGAGGCGAGGGUGUGGAGGUGGUUCGCAAUGAGCCUGACACCCACCCGGUGUACGGACUAGGCCAAGUGACAGAGAAACGCAUUUACCUCAACAGUAAACUGCCCUCCUGGAUGAGGAAGUUUGUGCCCAUGAUCUUCUACGUGACGGAAACAGCCUGGAAUUUCUACCCGUACACUGUCACAGAGUAUUCAUGUUCCUUCCUUCCCAAGCUGAACGUCAGGAUUGAGACACGUUUCGAGAAUGACAACGGAAGCAAUGAGAACGUUUUUGGAGACAGCGCCACUCCCCGGGACAGCGUGUGCUACUUGGAUAUACUGAGUGAUCCAAUUCCUGACAAACACUAUAAAAAAACAGAGGACCUGAGCAGAUGGGUGUCGAAGAGCACCGGCCGGGGCCCCCUGUUGGAGGGCUGGAGGAACAGCGCUGGGCCCAUUAUGUGCUCUUAUAAGAGAGUGCACUGCAGCUUCGAGGUCUACGGCUUCCAGGGCAGAACUGAGGAGUUCAUCCACAGGAAUAUUCAGGACAUCCUGCUGGUGGGACACAGACAGGCGGUGGCGUGGACGGAUGAGUGGCACGGCAUGAGUCUGGAGGAAGUGAGGGAGUUUGAGAAGAAGCUGCAGCUGGAGACCAACAGCAAGCUGAAGAGCGACAGGCCCGACUCAGGCUCAGUCCCCCUGCGCUCCUCCUUAUCCCGCUCCCUCUCUGUCACGGAUGAGCCGUCGCUGAAGAAGAUGGGACUGAAGACUGUGUCUAUCCCGCCAGACUCUCCGACCUGCCCCUGCUCUUAUCCACUCAAGGGUCCUAAGAGAUUGAACUCAAAUCCAGAGUGACCGCCCACCACCACCACCACCACCCUCCAACACCACCCUUCACCCACCCAGCCACUCAUCCUCCUCUCCUCCUCCUCUUCCUUCACAGAUUAAAACCACCUCAACAACUCACCACACCGAACUUUCCAAAGCUCUUAGAGGUCACCACUAUUUCAUCCGGAUGGUCAUGGUCACUGUUAAUUUCAAAUACUGUACAUAUAUGUUAUAUGUUAUAUAUAUAUAUAUAUAUAUAUAUAUAUAUAUAUAUAUAUAUAUAUAUAUAUAUAUAUAUAUAUAUAUAUAUAUAUAUAUAUUUGUAUAGAUCUCAUUUCUAGGACUAUCUGCUCAUUUUCAAACUUGCUGAACUUUAACAAGGGAAUUCUCAUUGACUUCCAAAAAUCGCUGCCAAAUAAGGAACUCCAUAUAAGGCUCUAAGCCAUGUUUUUUUUUUCCUGUAAGGAAAAGCAUACAGCUUUUAAAAAACUAAAAAUAUCAUCUUUUCAAAGACUAACCCAAAGCUAACAAUGCUGCAAGUUGCCAUGCAAACUCAAACAUUUGUCAAAUACACUGGAAUAAAUACAUAAAUACAUAAACACACAGCCUGUGAUUAGAACCAAUCACAGUCAGGGGGAGGCCUCAAAACAAACAGCAGUGAACUGUGAGAUUAAAAGUUCCAAUUGAAGCCUUAGAACAAAUCGUCUCUGUCCGAUGAAAAACACUUCUCCAUUUUUGUCGAUUUUUAGUUUACUACAUAAUUUAAACAGACAAACUGUCCCUCACACUGUUGCAAAAUUUCUUGAUGAACGAACCAAUAGAAACUCUUCAAAAUAACCUAAAAUAAACUGUUUUUAUAUUGAAUUCCAUUGAAAGUUUACAAGGUUUUUUCUCUCUCCUGUAAAGUUGCUGUUUUGGAGAUAAGUGUUUUUCAUUGGACAGUGAAGAAAUGAGACUGGGAUUAGAACCAUCGACAUUCAAGAUGAGAAGAAAUCUCAGAACUAAUGACUAAAAAAGUGAUUAGAACCAACUGCAACAAGUAAUGUGGGGAUAAGAACCUCAGUCAGUCUCAGUCAGGGGGGAGGUUUCAGGACAAAUGACUUAGUAAUUAGAACCAAUCACAGACAGGCUUCGAGGCAGUGAUUAGAACUAAACAACGUCAGGUAGACAUCAGGUAGAACAAAUAUAAUGACUUGAACCAAUCACAGUUUGAUUUGAGAAACUUUGUCUUAGUUCCUUAAAACCAGCUGCAAACAGAUGAAGUUGUCAAUAUAUUCACAGAUUUUAGUAUACACCUUCUCAUUUUUAUUGUCUAUCUAUAUAAAGCUCAGGGGCUUUUAUUAUGAAGUUUUUAAAUCGCAGAUUAGCCAUAAUGUCUAACAGCUAACUGGAGAUGCUAACUGUUUUUAGAGAUGAAUUAAUAGCUUGUAUUGUCUGACUAUACAAAGUCCUGGGGCUUUUAUUAUGAAGUCCAAAAUGGCAGAUUAGCCAUAAUGGCUAACAGCUAACUGAAAAUGUUACCUGUUUUCAGAUAUGAAUUAAUAGCUAGUUAAUUUUAGCUGAUUAGAUAAGUAUAAGCAUGAGUUCUGCUAUUUGAUAUGAUAGAUAUAUAUGAUGUCUGUACAUUACUUUGGUCUUCAGUUAUGGAGUGUUGUAAAUGAACACCAGCAUCAGGCUACAGUGCUGCUCACUGGUGGUCAUUUUUGGAGAUUUUUAAUUUCUGUGUAUUCCAUUUUUAUAUCGGAAUUCCGUUUUUUUAUUUCUUAAAUCCGUGAUUCUGGUUGUGUUUUCUGCAUUGCUGAAAUUAAGGGUCCUAUAUAUAUAUAUAUAUAUAUAUAUAUAUAUAUAUAUAUACUAUAAAUUAGUAUAUUGGCUGUAUAUAGUGGCUGAAUGGUUAACAUAUAACUAUAUUCCAUGUUUUACUACUAUUUCAUGGGGGUUGAUUGUCUUCCAGUUCUGCCUUAUUAAGAUGCAAACUCAAAUUUAAGGCGGUUUAAAAAUACUUUCCAUCCAUCAAAUGUUGUGCCUUAAACCUGGAACCAGGCUUUUUUCUAGUACCUGUUCACUUUUGGUUCAACCCAGACAGGCUUUUAACACUUAAUUAAUUUGUAUUAAUACUUUUAUUAGUUGAGGUUGAAUCAAUGUUGAAUUCUGUUUUGAUUUUAAAACAUAAAUCAACACUAAUAUUCUGAAA